AUGGAACUUGGUAAAAAAGCAGGUGGACCUAUGGAAGUAGACGAGCCAACUGACAGUCCAUCUAUUGUUCUACAAUCUAAACAUUUGGAAACCAAUAAUCUUUUAAGCCAAGAAGAACAUUUUAUUGGAUUUGAUAUUGAUGAUAGGCUUUCGAAAACAUUGCAAAAAAAGAUACGAUUAUUAAAAAUGGAACUUGGUAAAGAAGCAGGUGGACCUAUAGAAGUAGACGAGCCAACUGACAGUCCAUCCAUUAUUCAUAAUAAUCAUGUUAAUAAAAAGAAACAAUCUAAAUCAAGUAUAUCAACACCAAGAUCUAAUGAUACAAAGAAGAAUCGAAGUAAUAAGAGGCAUAAGAAUAACAACAAACGCAGUGAAACCUUAAAAUCUUUGGAAUUAUAUAUUCCUUCUUCUUCAGGUGAGUGGCAAAAAUGUAUAAUACAUGUAUCAGAAAACAUAAAAUCUCAUAAUUUAUUCUCACUUGGUACACAAAAUUUUCCAAUUCAUUCACAUUAA